AUGACGUACCAGGCCUCCCCUCAACAUUCGAGCCCAGAUUCGCAAACCGAAUCUCUGGACCAGCAACUAUUGGAGACCAUAACCGUCCAAGAUCGCCAGUAUCAGAAAUAUUCGAUUGAUCACCGCAUAUCGUUUGUCCCUGUUGAUGAGGAAGAAGCAGAGCGUCUCGAGAUCCAACAUCGCGUUUUCCAAAGGGUAUUCGAUGACCGACUCAUUUUUCCACCAGUCUCUCGGCCGCGAAGAGUGCUUGACUGCGGAUACGGUGCGGGAUCAUGGGCUAUCGAAGCUGCUGAGCGAUACCCUUAUUGCGAGGUAACUGGGGUCGAUAUAUCGCCGCACAUGAAUCCAGACGACAUGCCGGACAAUUUGUGGUUACAGGUCGACGAUCUCAACCGCUCGUUCACUUUCGAUUCGAAUUGGUUCGAUCUUGUCCACUCGAGGCUCCUCGCAACCGGGCUCAACCGCUCAAGGUGGCAGUCAUAUUUUCAAGACAUCAAAAGGGUUCUGAAACCGGGUGGCUGGGUACAAGUAGUCGAGAUAUAUUUCAACGUUCAAUCCGACAACGGCUCGAUCACCGAAGAACAUGGCUUAAGGCAAUGGAGCGCGAGGUUCAUGAGAUCACUGGAAGACACCAAGGACCUCCGUGUGGGAACGCGACUAAAAGCGCUCAUGAUGGGAGCAGGGUUGGUAGACAUCGACGUCAGGAUGAUCCCACUGCCACUCAGUGCAUGGUCGGGUGAUCCACGAAUGCGAGAAAUUGGCAUGGUAAAUCGAGAAAAUGUCAAGCGCCUGUUUUCGGCGUUGGCACAUUACCCUUUGACACAAAGUCAGCGUAUGCCUCAGGAGGAAUUCCAAACACUGGUGACUAAGGCCGCGCAUGAAGCCGACAACCCCAGAAUCAAGGCAUAUUUCCCCGUAUACGUCUGUAUUGGACGGAAACCAUAA